AUGUCGCUGGCAGCGGCGGCUCCGGCGGGGUCACCCCGGCCUAGGCCCCGCCCACUACAGAGAGGCGGCUACGGCGGCCGGAUAGGGCCCAGAUUCAACCGACCGCAGGUGGGCCGCGGUGUGGAUGAAGGCGACCGCCGGGCGGGGGCGCUCAGUGGACCUUGGGCGAUUUGGAAAGCCUCGGAGCCGGAAACUGCCGACUUUGGGGCCUGGAUUUACCUCUCAAAAGAGUACUUCGUUAUAAGAAAAAUGAAGCGUUCCUCAAAGGCAGCAGUUACUGGUGUUCGAAAAUCAGUUCAUCCAAGCUUGGUGAAAGGCCGCAAAGUCACUGCACCACGUACUGAAAAGACAGACGAAGCACCACUAACUCAGAAAGAUAUUGCAGCUAUAGUAAUACAAAGAGCUUGGCUAUCUCAUAUGGACAAAACAAUAUUUCAACUCCUAAAGCACACAAUUUGUGCAGCGGAAUAUUGUGUGACACACGAAAUACUGAAGAAUGUGAGCCCCUUAGAAGCUGAGCUUGUUAAAGAUCCUAGCAUCAAGUGUAAAGUUAGAUUCAGGUUUAGUGGUGAAACAUUUCCGCCUUCUAUUGUAUUUAAAAUUUUUCUUCACACCGGAGGCCAUGGUUACAAGUAUUUCAGUGGAAAAAAUAUUUUAAGGCAGUCAAGAAAGGCAUCAACUGAUGCUUACAAAAUAAUGGGGAGGAAGAAGUUUCAUGAACAAAUUAUAGAAGAUGAACUUCUUUCCCAGAAAUUCAAAAUAACUGAUGAAAUAGACAUUCUCACCCUGCAAGAUUAUAUGCAAUAUUGCAGUCUACUGGAUAAGACACCUGCAUCUUCAGGUGGAAGAAAUAACUGUUGGAGAAGAUUAAACCUCAGAAACAUUCCCAGGACAAUGAUAAUGUAUGACAUAGUUAAUUUUGCAGAAUCCGGAGUAAUCUCAAACCGUCUACAAAAAGAAAUGAAGUAUCUGUUACAAAGACCACGCACAGAAGAGAUGCGCCAGAACCAGCUACGGAUUGUUUCUGAAGUUAGGUACUCUUCAUCCGUCUCAAGUAGCCGACCUUUACGUCGGCCCUACCAACAGCAAAGUCAGAUCAAACAUCUGGGUCGUCGAGCCACGCAAGCUCAAAUGAAAGUUGAAAAAACAAAACAAGCUUAUGGAAUGGCGAAAGAAGCCAACACUUCUGUGCGGACUGAACGUCAAACAGACACAGCAAAUAAAAAGUACCGACAGAGGAUUGCCUCCUCAUCUUUUGACAUUGUGGAAAUUAAGGAACUCAAGUUAGAUAACAAAUUGGAGGAAAACAAAAAGCGACCAUUUGCCUGGUGUCAAGAGUUCUAUAUUCAUCGUUUUCCACCAUUUUAA